AUGGAUACGUCUACUAACGAUGUUGAACCAAUAAAUAACGACGAAACAUCAAUGAAUGGUGCUGACGAACCAUCAACAGGAAAUAAAACAGGCAAACGAAAACGUUCAACUAAGAAACGUGUAGGAACUGAUGAUUCGACUACAUCAAAUGGUCGUCCAAGACGUACAUUACCAAAACGAGAAGAACCACCGAUGACUGUGGUAAAUGGCGGUGGUAAAACAAAUAAAAUAAAAGCACAACGUCAUUCAGCAGAACAAGCAGCUGUUGAUGCUGAUGAUGAACAAGAACGAGAGAAAAAUAUUCCUAUUGUUCAUGAUGUUGCUGAUGCUGUUUGGGUUAAAAUUGGUGGACAUCCAUGGUGGCCAAGUCUUAUUAUUCGUGAUCCAAAUGAUACAACAAGAUGUUUUACGAAAAUUUCUGGAAAUACACGUGCAAAACGAAUGUAUUUUGUGGUAUUUUAUGGUUCAACAGCUGAUUUUGCUUGGGUUCCUGAUGCAGCAAUAAUUCCCUAUCAAGGUGUUGAAGCUUUUACUAAAUAUGCGCAAGAAAUUGUUGAUAAGGCUCAAACAAAAUCUCAAAAAGAACAAUUAACAGAACGAUUUCAAUUGAAAGUAACUAUUGGUCGUCGUGAAGAUUGGGAAAUGGCUGUACGUGAAGCUGAUGAAGCACUUAAACAAACAAGUGAAACACGUCUGGAAGAAAUUGAACCUAAAAUUCAAUUUUAUACAUCAAAACUUACUACUCCUAAAGGACAACCAGGUCGAAAACCUAAAGCAUUAAUGACGAAAUCUGAAGAUGCAUCUGAACCAUUGAGUGCACCAACAUCAUCACUUGAUCCUAGCGAACGUUCAUUACUUGCUGAAAAAACAUUUGAAUUCAAAUCUGAAGAUGAAUCAUCCAUUGAUGAGGCACCAGUUCGUAAGGCACCAUCGGUUAAAAUAAAACUCAAAAAACAAACAUCCAAUGAUGCUGAUUCAAUAAUAACACCACCAGCUAAACGUCGUUAUAUACGUAAUUCAAAAGUACCAAAUGAAACUGCAACUGUCUUUGUACAAAUAGCGAAUGGUUCAUCAGUUUCACAUGAAGAACCUACAUCAACAAAUAUGAAUGAAACACCAACAGUUAAUGGAACUAGUACAGGAAGAAAACGUGGACGACCACGUCUUAGUAAACCUUCAGUUAUAACAAUGAAUGGUGAUAUUCAAAAAACGGAAUCAACGGCGGAUAGUCCAUCGAUUGCAGCGAAACCUACAACACCAAAACCAGCAAUUACUAAACCACAGGCAUUUAUGAAUACGUCUCAUCCUGUGUCAUCAUUGAAUAAUAUUCUUGUUGGACAACAUCAUCGUUUUGAUACUCGUAUUGGUUUUCUGUCACCAUUUGAAGAACAAGAAAUAUUUGAUACUAUUGAUCACUUACGUUCAACAAAGACAUUUGAAGAAGCUGAACAAAUUGCUAAACAUCGUUUUGAACAUAUACUUUGUUUAAAUCUUAAUAAAACACAUGUGGAUAUUCCACAAGAAUGGUUUUACUCAUUUCUUUUUGCUCAUCCAAUAUUAAUUGUUAAAAAUCCUCAUUGGUUUGAUGAGAAAAAAAAUUCAGAUUCAUUAAUCGAUAAUGAAUUAGUGCAUGAUAUUAAUCGUACUCAAUCAUCGAGCAGUUUACAUGUUUUGAAACAUCAAUUAUCAAUUUUAUCAAAAUUAUAUCAUAAUGAAUUACAAGUUCGUCCAGCUGGUGUUAAUACGAAUAAAUAA